AUGGGUACCGGAGGACUGAAAGGUGGCGUCACAGGAGCAGGGAAAGGGAGGCAGAAGAGGAUCCUUACAGAAGACAUAGUCCCAGAUCCAGGACCAGGAACCGCUCACCUGAUCGACAUCACAGCAGAUGCCUACAGCGGAUACAGCGCAUACGGAGCGAACUUGGAGGCCGGCCUAGAGGGUGACAUCUCCGCGCCGGCCCAGCCGCCAGAUGCGCGCGGCCGCUCCGGUGACCGUUACGGGUCCGAGGAGGGGGAGGAGCCGUACGAUUUCAAAGCGGCUGCCUGGUCUGACGAGGAUCAGUCCUCCGACUGGGCCGAGCGCGCUGGCCGCUCCCACCGGCGGAGGCGGCGGGGGUGGCGGGACGAUCAGCCCUCUGCCACCCUCUACGUCCGGGGGGUGCCAGAGGAGGCAGAGGAAGCAGACUUCUACCUGCUUCUCUCUGGUUUUCCUGGUGUGCGCCAAGUGCGAGUCAGUAGGGAUCGAUCCACGGGCCGGUCAAAGGGCUACGCGUUUGUGGAUUUUGACAGUGUAGAAUCGGCAAGGGCACUGAUGGAGUCUGAAGCUGCAGAGGAGCUAAAGCUGAUGGGACAGAGUCUGCAACUGGAGUACAGCGUGUCUCCACAGCCCGCGCAUGCAGCUGGCAGCAGCGAUCAGUCCUUGCUGGACUGGAUCUGCAGCAUGUGCCAAGCCGUGAACUUCUCCCGGCGGCUGGAGUGCUAUCAAUGCAGCACCAUUAGAGCACCAGAUGUGAAGAGGGUGACAGCCGGCCCAGAGGGGCCAUCUUCAGUCCUGAAGGUGUCUAACAUUGAUCCGCACACAACGGAGGAUGUGCUGCACGGUCUCUUUGCGAAGCAUGUGCCAGUCAAGGAGGUCAGGCUGGUCCGGGACAAAUACAUUGGGGAGCCCAGGGGCUUUUGCUUUGUGCAGUUCCACUCUUUGGCUGAUGCAGGCAGAUCCCUUCAGCUUUUCCAGGCAGCGGCAGCAAUGUCUGCGUACACUGACUGGGCACCAAAGGACAUUGAUGAGGCGGCCCUGCAGGCGGCGUUAUCUGUAAACGCUGCAGACAACAGCCAGGCAGAGCAAGCACUGCCAGAAACCUCCGCUGCAGCAACCGAAGUUCAAGCUGCAUCAGGCUUUGCGUACGACAGUACCUCUGGGUACUACCAUGACUGCAGCUCGGGGUACUACUAUGACGCAAACACAGGCCUCUACUUUGUCACUGAGAGCCAGCAGUGGCUCGGCUUGGACCCUGCCACUGGCCACUUCUACGACCCUGCACAGCAAUCUGCUGAUCCAGCCGGCGAAGCUGCACAAAGUACCACAGGGGCUUUUGCAGCAGAUGGGCAGGUGGCGGCAGCGCAGCAGCAGAGCUUGGCUGACUUGCAAGCGCCGGAGGCAACGUACCAGAUCAAGAAGGCUCCCGCCAAAAAUCGGGGGGCCAUCAUCGGUUCUGCGCCAAAGCUCAACUCGGAAGGCUUGCUGGCCGCAGCGCGCGCAGCUCAGGAGAAGGAGGAGCGUCAGAGGGCACAGGAAGCAAAGGAGAGGGCCAAGGCUGCCGCAGCCGCAAAGCGCGCACAGCAGCAGAAGCAGCCUCAAGGGGUCAUGCAGCAGCAACAUGAGCCGCCCCGAGGCAAUCAGGGCGCGCCGGCUACAGCUGCUGUAUCUAUGCCACAGGGACCAGUUCGUGGCGUCAUCCGCAGCAGUGGGCGCUGGAACAAGCAGACGUGA